AUGUCUACGGACGCUGAGAUGGCCAUCUUUGGGGAGGCUGCCCCUUACCUCCGAAAGUCAGAGAAGGAGAGAAUUGAGGCCCAGAACAAACCUUUUGAUGCCAAGUCAUCUGUCUUUGUGGUACAUGCAAAGGAGUCCUAUGUGAAGAGCACAAUCCAGAGCAGGGAACCAGGAAAAAUCACUGUCAAGACUGAAGGGGGAGAGACCUUGACCGUGAAGGAAGAUCAAAUCUUCUCCAUGAACCCUCCCAAGUAUGACAAAAUCGAGGACAUGGCCAUGAUGACCCACCUCCACGAACCCGCCGUGCUGUACAACCUCAAAGAGCGUUACGCAGCCUGGAUGAUCUACACCUACUCGGGUCUCUUCUGCGUCACCGUCAACCCCUACAAGUGGCUGCCGGUGUACAACCCCGAGGUGGUGUUGGCCUACCGAGGCAAGAAGCGCCAGGAGGCCCCUCCACACAUCUUCUCCAUCUCUGACAACGCCUAUCAGUUCAUGCUGACUGAUCGGGAGAACCAGUCCAUCCUGAUCACCGGAGAAUCCGGGGCCGGGAAGACUGUGAACACCAAGCGUGUCAUCCAGUACUUUGCAACAAUUGCAGCCAGUGGGGACAAGAAAAAGGAGGAGCAGACCUCAGGCAAAAUGCAGGGGACACUUGAGGAUCAAAUCAUCAGUGCCAACCCACUGCUGGAGGCCUUUGGAAAUGCCAAGACCGUGAGGAACGACAACUCCUCACGCUUUGGUAAAUUCAUCAGAAUCCAUUUUGGUGCCACAGGCAAACUGGCUUCUGCUGACAUUGAAACAUAUCUGCUGGAGAAGUCCAGAGUCACUUUCCAGCUCAAGGCAGAAAGGAGCUACCACAUCUUUUAUCAGAUCAUGUCCAACAAGAAGCCAGAGCUAAUUGAGAUGUUACUGAUCACCACCAACCCCUAUGACUAUCUGUAUGUGAGUCAGGGUGAGAUCACAGUUCCCAGCAUUAACGACCAGGAGGAGCUGAUGGCUACCGACAGUGCCAUUGACAUCCUGGGCUUCAGUGCAGAUGAGAAAACAGCCAUCUACAAGCUGACAGGGGCUGUCAUGCACUAUGGGAACCUGAAGUUCAAGCAGAAACAACGAGAGGAGCAGGCAGAGCCUGAUGGCACCGAAGUUGCUGACAAAGCUGCCUACCUGAUGGGUCUGAACUCAGCAGACCUGCUCAAGGCCCUCUGCUACCCCCGCGUCAAGGUGGGGAAUGAAUACGUGACCAAAGGCCAAACUGUGCAGCAGGUGUACAAUUCAGUGGGUGCCUUGGCAAAAUCUGUGUUUGAGAAGAUGUUCCUGUGGAUGGUUGUUCGUAUCAACCAGCAGCUGGACACGAAGCAGCCCAGGCAGUACUUCAUUGCCCUGUCCAAGGCCAACAGCGAAGUGGCCCAGUGGAGAACCAAAUACGAGACGGACGCGAUUCAGCGCACGGAGGAGCUCGAGGAGGCCAAGAAGAAACUGGCCCAGCGCCUGCAGGAUGCAGAGGAACAUGUUGAGGCUGUCAAUGCCAAAUGUGCCUCCCUGGAAAAGACAAAGCAGAGGCUGCAGAAUGAAGUGGAAGACCUGAUGAUUGAUGUGGAGAGAUCCAAUGCUGCCUGUGCUGCUCUGGAUAAGAAGCAGAAGAACUUUGACAAGAUCCUGGCAGAAUGGAAGCAGAAGUAUGAGGAAACGCAGGCUGAGCUGGAGGCCUCGCAGAAGGAGUCGCGCUCUCUCAGCACGGAGCUGUUCAAGAUGAAGAAUGCCUAUGAGGAGUCCUUGGACCACCUGGAAACAAUGAAGCGGGAGAACAAGAACUUGCAGCAGGAGAUUUCCGACCUCACGGAGCAGAUUGCGGAGGGAGGAAAGGCAAUUCAUGAGCUGGAGAAAGUCAAGAAGCAGGUUGAGCAGGAGAAAUCUGAACUGCAAGCCUCCCUGGAGGAAGCUGAGGCCUCCCUGGAACAUGAGGAAGGGAAGAUCCUGCGCCUGCAGCUGGAGCUCAACCAAGUGAAGUCUGAGAUUGACAGGAAGAUAGCAGAGAAAGAUGAGGAGAUUGACCAGAUGAAGAGAAACCACCUGCGAGUCGUGGACUCCAUGCAGAGCACCCUGGAUGCUGAGAUCAGGAGCAGGAAUGAAGCCCUGAGGCUGAAGAAGAAGAUGGAGGGCGACUUGAAUGAAAUAGAAAUCCAACUGAGCCAUGCCAACCGCCAGGCUGCAGAGGCACAGAAGAACCUGAGAAAUACACAGGGAGUGCUCAAGGACACCCAGAUACACUUGGAUGAUGCUCUCAGGUCACAAGAAGACCUGAAGGAGCAGGUGGCCAUGGUGGAGCGCAGAGCAAACCUGCUGCAGGCUGAAGUUGAGGAGCUCCGGGCAGCCCUGGAGCAGACGGAGCGGUCAAGAAAAGUGGCUGAGCAGGAGCUCCUGGAUGCAAGUGAGAGAGUUCAGCUCCUCCACAGCCAGAACACCAGCUUGAUCAACACCAAGAAGAAGCUGGAAACGGACAUUGCCCAGAUCCAGGGUGAAAUGGAGGAUACCAUCCAGGAAGCCCGCAAUGCUGAGGAGAAGGCCAAGAAGGCCAUCACUGAUGCGGCCAUGAUGGCAGAAGAGCUGAAGAAGGAGCAGGACACUAGUGCCCACCUGGAGAGGAUGAAGAAGAACCUGGACCAGACGGUGAAGGACCUGCAGCACCGUCUGGAAGAGGCUGAGCAGCUGGCACUGAAGGGAGGGAAGAAGCAGAUCCAGAAGCUGGAGGCCAGGGUGCGGGAGCUGGAAGGGGAGGUUGAUGCUGAGCAGAAGCGCAGCGCUGAAGCCGUGAAGGGCGUGCGCAAGUACGAGCGGAGGGUGAAGGAACUCACCUACCAGUCAGAGGAAGACAGGAAAAAUGUUCUUAGGCUGCAGGAUCUGGUGGACAAGCUGCAAACUAAGGUGAAAGCUUACAAGAGACAAGCUGAGGAGGCUGAGGAGCUGUCCAAUGUCAACCUCUCCAAGUUCCGCAAGAUCCAGCACGAGCUGGAGGAAGCCGAGGAGCGGGCUGACAUUGCAGAGUCACAGGUCAACAAGCUCCGAGCCAAGAGCCGGGAAAUCAGCAAGAAGGCAGAAAGUGAAGAGUAAAUGCCUCCAGUGCUG